GCUGUAUAGCACAUGCAUACUUUUGUAUGCCAUUGCUUCCACUGGCAGAAAGGUGCUGAAAUGGGUAACAAGACGCCAGCUCCAUUAUGUAGAGCAGAGAAAAUAGUUUGUAAUGAGCGUAGCUAUUGUCCUACUAAUGGCAAUGUUGCUGCAAUUGAUUUUGGUACUACAUCAGUUUCCCUGGCAUAUGCUACUAAAGGAUAUGAGAAUAUACAAACAUUUCCAUUAGGCACAACACAAUCAACAAGGGUUCUUAAUGUUGUUCUACUAAAGAAAGAAGGAAGCAGUACAAAAGUCAGUUCAUUUGGAGAAAAUGCCAGACAGACGUUCUUAAAACAAGUUAAACAGGAUGACUACAAAAGCUAUGUUUAUUUUGAGAGGAUCAAAAUGUCUUUGAAAAGGGAACAGGCCAUUAAUCGUGAGACGCUCAUUGAGUCUUUUUCGGGUGAGAAGUACUAUCUGGUUGAAGUUAUUGCAUUCAUACUCCAGUAUUUAAAAGAUCAACUCAUCGACCACUUGUCACGUACUGUUACACCCUUAGGAACGACUGAUUUUUAUUGGGUCAUUACUGUACCUGCUAUAUGGGAUGCACGUGGAAAAAGAAUGAUGAGGGAAGCUGCUUAUAUGGCUGGCUUAUUGACAAAGUCUGGUGGCAUUGAAAAUUUCACUCCAAUAUGUGAUGGUCCACUUCCACCACCAAAAGAAGUUAAUUCUGAAAAGUUGUCACUAGCACUGGAGCCUGAAGCAGCAGCUCUUUAUAGCCAGAAGAAUGUGGUAGAGCAAAUUCAAGCUGAUAAAUCUCAAGCAGCUAUCAAAUGUCCCACAGAAUACAUGGUCAUAGAUAUAGGAGGUGGUACGGUUGAUAUCACAGCUCAUAUUGAAGUUGAGGGAAACAUCAAAGUGCCAGUCAUCCCUACUGGUAAUGCAUGGGGUGGUACACAGGUUAAUGAAGCUUUCUCUAAAAUGCUGCAGAAGCUGGUAGAUGAUCCUGGGUACCUGAAGUAUCUAGAUAUUGGUAGCCAUUCAAUGCAAAUGGCAUCAAUAAAUGAUAUACUGUAUAGAGAAUUUGAAGAUCAAAAAAUUAGCUAUGGUAAUCGUACUAGUAAAAGCAUUGUUGUUUCUUUGCCUAACAAAUUCGCUAAAUGUUACAAUGAAACAAUUGAAUUAAAAGUUAAGGAAAUGCAUGGCGUGGAAUAUGACGAUGACAAAAUAUACAUAGAAGAUGAAGAAGUAAUUGAAGCUCAAUUAUUUGGUCCAGCAAUUGAUGGUAUCAUAGAUUGUGUACUAAAAGCAAUUGAAGAUACCAAGAAUCGUUUUACUACAUUUUAUCUUGUUGGUGGAUUUGGUGGCUGUAAGUAUACGCAUCAAAAGGUUGAAGAGGCAAUUAAAAAGCGAAAUUCCAAAGCUAAAGUUAUACUCCCACCAUCUCCUCGAUUAGCUGUUGCUCAAGGGGCAGUAUUGUGGCGUCAGAAUCCAGGAAAAGUAACAGAAAGAACAUGUGAUGCUACUUAUGGAAUAAGCACCACGUUACCAUUUGAUCCAAAGGAACAUGAUGAGGAUUACAAGUACUACGAUGGUGAGGAAAAGCAAGAUAGAUGCCAUUCGGUGUUUUGCAUUUUCAUUGAAAAAGAAGAGGUAGCAAAUGAAAAUGAAGUUAUUACAAUUAACGGGGAACCACCAAGUCAAAACUCUACUCAAUUACCGAUUGACAUUUACUGUGCACCUGAUCGUGGUGUUCAAUACAUCAAUAGUAAAGAUGGUAAGAGCAAUGCUGAUAAAAUAGGUCAACUGGUCAUUGAUAUUCCAAAUCCUGAUAACCUACCACUAAAUGAGCGUACAGUUGAGAUCACUAUGGAUUUCAGUGGAACAGAAAUACAAGCCAAAGCUAAGUAUUGUGUUACUGGUGAAGAAGUUAAAACCACCUGUGACUUUCUCUCUACUCAAUAACUUUAUAUCCAGUAUCACAAGUUUUAGGAAAUUUUUACUGAAGACAGGUGUCUUGACUUACCCUUAAAUUGAUCUCUCUAUUUUUGCUAUUCUGUUUCAUAAUUAUUUGCUUCUCCUCAUUGUGUCUGUUUAUUAGGAUUUUUAUUAGGUUUUGUUCUUUUCAUAAUAAUAAUAGUAAUAAUAA